ACUUUUACGCAAAAAACUCCAGUUUUCUGGAUGAGAUAUCUGCCAUCAAAGACACUAUCGAGAUUCCGGCUAAAGAUCUUCUUCAACAGGGAAAUUCACUAGGAGGUGCAGAGUCACAAAUCAUUUGGGAAAAAAUGAACCAAGACUAUAACAUUGACGAUUUGCAACAUGAGGAAGCACAAUUACCCGAGCCGAAAUCUCUUCUUGAUAAACCUGGAAAUGAGAUUGAAGUUGUUGAAAUCCGUAAUCACUUGCUUGCGACCCAUUACUUAUACAUUACCUUGCUAAAGUCAGAACAAGAAAUAAACAUCGAGUUUAUAAAGAAGAUCCAUCGUACUCUUUUGAAAGAUGCUCCACAGGAAAGAAUUGAUGUAUGGGGCAAAAUCCAGCACGCAGGAAUGUUUCGAACCGUGUCAAUGCAGGCAUAUGGAGCGGAAGUGCCCGUGUUGAUGGAAAGGUUCAUACAAUUUUACAACAAGACCGUCACCAGCGAUAAUGUUGAUGAUAAUGAACCAUAUCAAAUCCACCCUCUUAUGAACGCAUGUCGAAUACUUUCGUCCUUCCUUCAUAUACAUCCAUUAUACGAUGGCAAUGGACGUGUUGGACGCUCACUCAUGGCGCUUUAUCUUGCUCGUGGUGGUUUUCCACCCCUUGUUUUUCAACAAAUUGAUCGAAAAGAAUAUGCAGACGUACUGUAUAAGGCUCAG